AUGAGGAAGUGGAGCGUUGCUAUAUACAUUUUGUCAUUUGUUGUGACCCACUUUUUGGGUAACGUGAUGGUCCAUGCGGAUCCUGAUCAUCAGACAAAUAUUGAGAACAAUGUCGCCUGGAUAUUUGAUACUGCGAAGAUGAAAGUGAAGGUGACCCCUAAAACGGCAGCUGAGAAAUUGGAGGAAGAAUCGUACCUGAAGCAUCUUAAUGACGCCAAAAAUUUGGCUAUAAUGGUGGAGUCAGCUGUAAAGAUUACUAACCCUCUAUUGUUGCAAUAUGAUCUGUUUGAACUAAAUGCAGUUAAGGUGGCGCAACUGGAAACAUCCACGUAUCGUGAACCAAUGGCACAUGAACUACUUAAGGAGUUUAACGCAAACCAUAGCAAUGCCGAGAGUAUUGUUGGAGCCUUAAGGUGUGCACCUGAAACUAAGGAAGUUGCACUUUCAACAGGUGAUGUCCAAAUCGUUUUUGAUGACUUCAAUACGUAUGCCACGAAUAUAUCAGAGGUUAUACCACAGGAUAUGAUUAAAUUUUUUGAUAGCCUGAAGCAAGGUGGAGAGCGACUGAUGAAGGCGAAGUUACUGAAGUUGUUGUCUGUAGAUGAGUUGACUGAAGGAAGAAGCGAUAGGCUCAUCCAGGCGUUGUCCAAUGUUUACAAAGAGGUACCUAAAGACGGAGGUGAGAAAGUUAAGAAAGAUGAAGUUUUGGCUGAAGCUAUGGCCGAACCAAAUUUCAUCAAACAAUAUAAGGAGUGGAUAAACAAGGAAAGGGCUGAGAUAUAUAAUCUGGCUGUAUACCUCACAAGUGAAGAUGCAGAAAAGAAACGGAAGGAGGCUAAGCAGACGGAUAGUGUGUUAUAUGGCCAAAUGAUUGAUAUGUAUACCAAGUGGUUCAAGCUUUACAGAACAAUUGUUGACCAGACUGGAUUAUUCCAAUACCGUACACUAUUCAAAAACGCUACUGCCGAAAUUAUGUCACAACCUGAUUGUUCCGAGGUUGUAACCUUGGCUGCGGUGAAGGGGCUUGAAUUAAUUGAGAAAAGCCUGAAUUAUCGUACGUUGAAUUACGACCAAAGGAUGGAAUUUGAAAGUCAGGUGAACUACUUGAUUGAAGAUAUCGUUGAAGUGUAUCAAACUGAACCUUUAAAACCAAGUGAAGUGAGUGGUGAGGUAUUGGAGGAUCAUUUCGACAUGAGAUCGGAACCCAAGGUAAAGGAGCUUGAAUUGUUGUGUGUUCUUGGACACUUAGAGAAAGAGUGUGAAUCUGUUGCGGAAGGGAUAGCUGCAAUGAAAAAUCACAUGUCAUUGUCGAGCGGAUUGCCAGCAUCCAAUACUGCGGAUUAUGAAUUAUACACGAUGGAUUCUGAAUGGAGACAAGCGAUUAUUGAUACACUUGAGAAAAUGGUAAAUUAUGUGUACGGUGACAUGCGUUCUAUCAAGGAGGUGAUAGGAAUGCGGCAAUCUGAAGGUACUACUAGAUAUGGCAAACCCAGUGAUAUGGACAAGUGUUAUCAAGGCAUAUCGCAUAUGCAAGCGUCAAGAAAAAUAAUAGUAUAUUUCUACGAAAUGUUUUGCCAACAUUAUGCGUGUUCCGGUUUAAUUGGGGAUUCCGCUCUACCUUCAAUUCUUAUCGAUGAAAUCGAUAUGAUUGUUACAGAGUCGUCAGAAGCGUUGGUAAACACUGUGGCUAGAUACAUCGAAUUCCGUAAAUUAGCUGGAAAAUAUGAAGAGGACGCGUCUCAUGUGCUAAAAAACCCUUCGAAUAAAGUGGGCAACAUAUCCAAGAAGGUUCUACAUGAAAUGUACCUACUCCGAAAGGAUGUCCGUAAUAUUCUAGAGCGGUUUGAAAGUCUAGAUCAGUGUGAAACAGAAAUUGAAAAGCUAGAGAAGGUUCUAUAUGACUCAUCUCAGGUGUCAGACAGGAGCAAAUAUGCCGAGAUACUUUUGGCGUAUUCCAAUGCGAAGAACGCUAUCCACAGUGCCCUUUUAUUAGCUGCGUCGAUCGAAAGCAUCGAGUUCAUAGGGUUGAGAUUUGCGCAUGUUGUGAGCAAAAUAACUUCAAUUAUGCUUGCUAGUAGUGAAGAGCAGAAGAGAGCAUCGGUGCAAGAUUCGUCGAAAGAUGAGGAAGAACAAUACGACUCGGCUUUAAGUCACAUUAGUGAGUUUGACCACGAAGAGGAAGACUACAGUAUGUUAAGUGAUUCCGCAGAAGCCCAGCAAGCUGGUUGCAAUUUUAAGGAUGACGCGGAAAGCAGCAAGGCUUGGUACCUCAACAAAGGUGCAGAAUUGCUAAGUAAAGGAUAUGAGGGAGUGGUAGGCCCAUUGGAACGCACUACAGCACACAUCACAGAUAUGUUGCCGAGCAAGGAUUGGUGCCUUAGCAAAAGUGCAGAAUUGCUGAAAGCGGGUUAUAAAGGUCUAUUGGGUCCUUGGGACCUUAGUGUAGGUAAUGAGAGUUCGGGUGAGAGCGGUUACAGCACGCCGUCGACCUUGAGCGGUGAUGGUCCACCCGAGGAAGUGCAUGAAGUGGUGGUAGUGGAGGAGAAAGGUUCGGUGCCAGAGGCCAUCGCUGAAGAGCCCGUCGUGCCGGAAAAGGAGCCUGAAGUUCGAGAGCCAACUGACACUAAUCUACGUUCCGAGAGUGUAGGUAAAGGUGAGGAAGUCACGGUUGUUACCAAGACAGUCGAUGUGAAAGAGGAUGUCGAUGGUGUGGACAUUGAACCACCUGUCGUGGUAUCAUCGGGUGUUGCCUCGGCAGAGGUGGUGUCUGGUCACAUGGCUAUUGGCAUAAACGUGGCAUGGGCCACGUGGCUGAUGUUGAUUAUGGCAUAG